AUGUCUUCAUCGCAAAUGCAAGCCAUCAAGACUUUGUUGGAUAAUUUCCACCAAACUGUGUCCCUACAAAACAAUGACCUACUUGAAAUACUUGGGAUAGCCAAACAAUUGAAAUCAAACUUACCACCUUCACCAAAUACACCUUCAUCCACCCUUUCAUCUAUAGUCAGAGGCUUAUAUACCAAAAACAACCAACUUUUAUCGCUCAUUUCCAAAACGACCGUUGGUUUUGUCAAUGCCAAUUUUGAAAUGGAUAAAUUCAAAACAUUUAUUAACGAUUUAAUACUAUGGAUGGAAGAUGGUAACUUGCUUUUAUUUGAAAAAUACAUUGCUCAGUUGAAUACCGUUGCGAUUGACGAUGCCGCAACUAGGAAAAGACUCAUUUCUCCCGUCAACAACUUAAGGGACUACUACUGCCAUAUUGACAAGUGUACUCAAUUUUUACGAAAUCCAUUUAUACUUGAGAAACUAUCAACAAUUUCAAAACAUUUACGAGCAAUAUACAACAAUUAUCAAGAUGCAUCACAAUCAAAAGAAUUGAACAAUAUUCGGUUUUCUGAAAUACAACCAUUCACAAGCUCUACUGCACUCAAACACAAGGAGUUUGUAUCAAGCUACUUCAAAAUCAGCCAAAUUUUGAAACGAACUGCUCAUGCCAAUGUUUCACUCAAUGGAGCUCAAAUUGAGUUGUUGCUUUUAGACUUACUUUGUACUGGAGAUUACAAUGCAUUGGCUGUUUUGGAAAUCAAGAGCAAGGCCAACCAUCACCAUCACCAGGACCAUCACUUUCAAGAGGACAGCGAUUCCUCCUAUAAAUCGUUGAAAUACCCACCUUUUAGAGUCAACGAAUUAACCCUUUCACGUAUAUCGUCUCAUACUAUUAAAUUGAAAGCUAUAAACUUCCUGUCGACGGAGGAUCUCGGUGGUGAAUCCAUGCUGAUACAGUUUGAAGAUGAUGUAUUGUGUGGAAAAUGGGCCAAAUAUCUUUCGAAAUUGUGUCCAUUGAAACGUGAUAAUAACAACAGCAACAACAGCUCCUCCUCCCCAAUGAGCGAAAAGUUUUUGAUCCACUCGGAUUCCAGCUCUUACAAUAUGUCGGGAUUGGGUAUCAAUAUAGUCUCGGAUGCUGAACUCGCACCGAAGGAGUCACACAUUCUCCCACAAGCAGACAGUCCCGCCUCAUUCCAAGAACUUUACGACCCUCCAACUCCAACUUCGUUGCCUCCAACAGUACCUGCACCAUUAGGAGUGCAAUCAAGAGCUAGUUUGGAAUCCAUUAGAUCUCAAUAUGACAAAUCUUUACCAAUUAUGAAAAAGGUUAUCACCGGGCAACGAAAUGGUGAAGAAGAUUACGAAGAUGAUGAAAAAUUGUUUCAAAUCAUCAAUCAACGAAAAUAUUCUGACGAUUAUCUGAAUGAUGAGUUAAGACCAAAGUCAUAUCAAGCAGAAUACUGCUCACCAGAGAGUUCACCAUCCACGGAUCAUCCCGUUGUUUCUCACUCUGUUGCAAAACCAGUUGAAACUCGUCAAUUAUACCGAAACAAUGUGGCUUCGGCGCCAGAUUUAAGAGCAAAGCCACAAAUCUACCAAUUGUCAACUGGCUCUGCUAUUGACAUUGGUAACUUUGGUCAAUCGUAUCAACCUUCAUUCAAAGGGUACGCAGACAAGAAAACAUCACGCAGAAAAUCCAUGUUUACAUUCUUCAAAAAGUCUUCUCAAGUGGAUUUACGAGAGGAGUCACCACUGGAAGAAACUUUCAUCCAGAAUGCUAAUUCAAAUGGAAAGGAAUUGCAAUUGCCUCAGCAACCUACCCUUCUCAAGGGGGAGACAAAGGUGGAUGAAGAUGAUGCAAAUCCGGAAAAAACAAUGACAAGAUCGGUUUCAAAGAUUCCAGCACCGUUUGCACUACCAUCUUCAACAUCCACAUAUUUCUUUAAGCAGCCCGUCAAUGCAUCCGAAACUAGUAUUGCCAAACAAGACGACUUGCUCAUACCGCAGGAAUUGAAAGAUGCCAUUAACCUGGAGAAAACGUCUGACGACUACAUUUCCGAAUCAUCGCCAAAGGCAAUCAAGAUCUCCAAAUGGAAGCAACAAUACGGCAAAUGGGAAAUGAUAACUGCCUCGGAAAACAUUUUUGUCAAAAUUUGCGUCAACGAGGAAGCCCAGAAAGGUUGGUUUCUUAUUUUCAAAGAGGAGUACGACGAAGAAGUGGACGAUGUGGUCGAUAAACCGGUAUUACUACUUGACUUGAACACGUCCACGCAAUUGCGAUUGUCAUCGGGAUCCGAUCUACAGAUUCAAGCAAAGAAUUCAAUUAACAAUGAAACCAUGCAAAUCAUGAUUAGGUGUUCUAAAGGUACCCUCACUACAGAAAUUGCCAGCAAUCUUCAAAAAUGCAUCGACUCAUUUGCGCAAUCAUCUCGAAAUCAUCAUCAUCAUCACCACUACCACAACCACAACCACCACUCAUUGACAAACUCUUCCAAUCAAGCAUCAAACAACACAUUGUCAUCAUCCUUGAUGGAUAAUCCGAGCAAAUCAUCUACGUACACCAGCUUGAGCUCAAUUUCCAACUCAAUAAAUGCAGAUGAGUUGUCAAAGGCGUGUAUUUUGAACAACCCCAACGCACUCCACACCAGACAAAUUGAAAUGACUAUACGUUUACAAAAACAACUACAUUCUUAUGCGCAACGCAAUAGUCCUUCUUCUUGGAAGAUCAUAUCGAUGAUGGAUUUACGUGUCGAUAGGAUCAUUGAUCACCAGCAAGUGGUGCAUCAUUUGCAGUUGACUGGGGGUGGAGAUUCGAUCAGUUGGGUGAUUUCUGAUGAUAGGAAAGAGGAAACUAUUGAGAGAAUAGGCAAGGCUGGAUUAUUGAUCAAGAUUAGCGACGGUGAGAUUUAUAUGCUUGAGUGCAGGGGCAAGAAGGAGUUUAAACACUUGUAUGAAAUAUUUUAA